AACGUUCACACGCGCAGUACUACAACGGCAGCGCACAAACCAGUUGGUCACUAUUGAAAAUAAUAACACCUUUAGCUCGAGAAACAUGACGUAGACGUGUAGUAUAUUUGUAUUAAUUUGUUUAAAUUGUUGAUUAAAACGGUAGAGUAAUGGAAUUUACAAUAGUUAAAGUGAUCGCAGUACUAGCCAUUCAAUCAAUCACUACGGUAAUAUGCGAGAAUGCUAAUGAAGAAUUUACCUGCCCUGAAGUUGGCGGCAAUGGUAACUAUGCGGACCCGGCGACGUGUCGGCGAUUUUAUCAGUGCGUAGACAACCAUCCGUACUUGAACCGAUGCCCGUCUGGAUUGUAUUUCGACGACGUGAACAAAUUGUGUACUUUUAAAAAUGAAGCUCGUUGUGGACCUCUCCCCGCAACCGAAGCGCCGAGUACGGAAAAUCCUAUAGAUUUGGCUCAGAAAUGCGACACCAGCCAAUGUACUCUGCCCUAUUGUUUUUGCUCCAGGGACGGCACUAUAAUACCGGGAGGACUGGACCCAAAGGACACGCCACAAAUGAUAUUGCUGACAUUUGACGGCGCCGUUAACACGAACAACUACGAUCAUUACCAAAAGGUGUUCUCUCACAACAAAAAGAACCCCAAUGGAUGUCUAAUAAAGGGCACGUUCUUCAUUUCGCACGAAUACUGUGACUACAACAUGGUUCAAGAGUUGGCGCAUAAAGGCCACGAGAUCGGCACUGAAACCAUAUCGUUACAAAAAGGUUUGGAGAAUAAAGGAUACGAAGAGUGGGUAGCAGAAAUGAUCGGCAUGCGAGAGAUUCUCGUCAAUUUCGCUAACCUAUCCAGAAGCGACAUUGUGGGAAUGAGAGCUCCGUUCUUGAAACCUGGCAGAAACACUCAAUACGAGGUAAUCGAGGACUACGGUUUCGUCUACGACAGUUCGAUCGGUAUACCCCCAUCCAAAGUACCGAUUUGGCCAUAUUCGUUGGACUACAAGAUCCCACACGAAUGCAAAUCUGGCACAUGCCCCACCAAGUCAUUUAAAGGUACUUGGCAGGUGCCUUUGAACGCCCAUUACGUAGAGACCUACGAAGGCGGACAUUGCCCGUACUUAGACCAGUGCGUGCUGCACAAUCACGACGCCAACGAAGUAUUCGAAUGGCUUCGCGAAGACUUCAACCGGUAUUAUAAUCAAAACCGGGCUCCGUACAUGAUGCCUUUCCAUACCAACUGGUUCCAAAUCAAAGAGUUAGAGAACGGGUUGCACAAGUUCGUCGACUGGGCAAACAAACAACCGGACGUAUGGUUUGUCACUGUCACACAAGCAUUGACAUGGAUGACAGACCCAAAAGGUGUCAAAGAGUUGGCCACCUACGAGGCUUGGAAGUGCGACAAGACCGACCAGCUCCCAUCGCCGCCAUGUAAUUUGCCCAACAAAUGCCCUCUGUCGUUUAGGCAACCGGACACCAGUGUUGCCGUCACAAGGUAUUUGUCAACUUGCAGACAUUGUCCAGCCAAAUACCCUUGGCUCGGCGAUACAAAAGGAACCGGUAUUGCCGGAGUUGAUGUGUACACGCCAGAAACCUUGCGAAAAUAGUCGUUAAAAUGUUAUUAUUGUUUAAAACAGAAAUAUUUAUUUUUUCAUAUCUAAAUUUAUAUAGUUAUGUUUUAUAAUACCUAGUGUAAAAUUGUGUAAAUUCACACGCUCAAAGGUCAAUAUACUUUUUUUAUUAUUUAUACAAAAUACCUACUACCUAUAUAAUAAUAUCAAACCAUUCCAAUCGAUUUUGACUUUUGAAAAUACCUUUAAACAUAAUUAAUAGUUAUAAAUUGUAAUUUAAAAAAUACAAAUGCUCGGAUACUAAAUAUUAGAAUAUAUUAUUUUUUCAAUUUUUUUCGCGUAGUAUACUAAAUAAUUUAUCGGUACAACAUGAAUAACUUGAGAAAUAUUAAAAGACUAAACCCAGGAA